UUCACUUAUAAGACUUUUUUGUAGAUGAAGUUCCAUUGAAAGAAACAGAAGAAGGAAGAAUGAGAGAAGAAAAACUGAAAAAAGUGAAAGCUAUAGAGAAAGAUGAAGUAGAUUUGAUCAGCGAUCUUCCUGAUGUACUUGUAGCAUGUAUCAUUUCUUUACUACCAGGCAUGGAAAUUGUGAGAACAAGUGUUCUUUCACACCGUUGGAAAACAAUGUGGAAGUACUCUUCUCACCUUAGUUUUGAUCAAAAACAAAUGUUGAAGUCUUGGAUUGAAUUUUACAUUCAAAAUUCUAACUCAAGCUCACGCAUUGCUAUGGCUAUGCGUCGUAAGAUAGAUCCUAAAGCAGAGGAAUUAAUGGAUACAAUUUCUGAAGCAGCUAUAUUGAUUAAAUCAAUUAUGGAGAAUCACAUUGGUCCAUUGAAAAGUUGUAGCAUUCAACAUUUACCAGAGAGUUGUGCAAGUGGAGACGCUGUGGAGUGGAUGAAGAAACUAUUGAAUUUAGGGGUUAUAAAGGUUUCAAUGGAACUUGAAUUGCGUUAUUAUCUUCAUGAAAUAACUGAUUCUGAUUUAAGAAAAGCUGGACGAACUCUCGAUUUGCCUUUUGAGAUUUUCUCUAAUUUCGAGAUUAUUGAAUUGAAAAACUAUCAUUUUACAACUAUACCCUUUCCUAAUCCCUCACAGGUUUUGAAAACUCUUAUUCUUAACAAUGUGCGUAUUAUAUCAAACAAUUUUCAAGGGAUUCUUUCUCAUUGUUCUUCUCUUGAAGAUCUCAUUUUGGACCAAUGUAAAUUCUUUGAAGACGAACUUAAGAUUGAUAGUCCAAGUCUCAAAUAUGUUAAAAUGUAUAAUUUAAACAUCCGUAAGAUUUUGGUUUUUGCAGCUAACGUUGAAGUUAUAGAGAUUGACUCUGUUAUUUGUAAUCAUAAAGAUCUAGUUUUACAGCCCCCAAAACUU